AUCUCACUCCUUCACGAUUACUCAACCCUCCGCACUCAAUGGAAUUUGUAUAAUACCACCCUCAUGUCCCUAUCCUCUCCAGUAUUCAAAAACUACAAACUCUCCCGCACCGCCUGCCCCGUCCUCGUCUUCCAAUCCUCCUCGCGAACAUCCAACAGCUCAAGCAAGAUGUCUACCUCGAACUUUACCACCCCUCCCCCACCUCCAAACGAACAUAUUCUAAUAUCCUUCCCCAAACCCUCCAUCCUUCUCGUAACGCUAAAUCGCCCUAAAGACCUCAAUUGCAUCAACGCGCCCAUGCACCAAUACCUACACAACCUCUUCGCCUGGUUCGACGCCGAGCCCUCACUCCUCUGCAGCGUCAUGACCGGCACCGGGCGAGCCUUCUGUGCAGGCGCCGAUCUCAAAGAAUGGAACGCCUCGCACGAGAAGCAGAGGGGACAAAAAGAGAAACCUCCCAGCCGCGCCUCGCAAUCGCCGUCAUCAGGAUUCGGCGGGCUGAGCCGACGCAGCGGGAAGAAACCGGUGAUCUGUGCGGUGAACGGGAUAUGUUUUGGCGGGGGGUGCGAGAUGAUAGUUAAUGCUGAUAUAGUGGUUGCGGAUGCGGGGGCGGUGUUUGGGCUGCCGGAGGUGAAGAUUGGGGUUGUAGCGCUGGCGGGGGCGUUGACGAGGGUGGUGAGGACGGUGGGGAGGCAGAGGGCGAUGGAGAUGGUGUUGACGGGGAGGUCGCUGCCUGCGAGUGAGGCGAGGGAGUGGGGGCUGGUUAAUAAGGUUGUGGAGGGGGGUGUGGUGGAUGAGGCGAUCAAGAUGGCGGAGUUGAUUUGUGCGAAUAGUCCGGAUAGUGUGAUUGUUAGUAGGGAGGGGGUGAAGAUGGGGUGGGAGGGAGUUGGUGCGGAGGAUGGGACGAGGUUGAUAGCCGAGAAUUGGUAUAGUAGGAUUGAUGGUGGGGAGAAUAUGAGGGAAGGGGUGAAGAGCUUUGUAGAGAAGAGGAAACCGAGGUGGGUGCCGAGUAAAUUGUGA